UUCGGCUUUGCCUCCCUCUCAACGAUGUGGUUCACUAGGAAGAGCAAGUCCGAUUUUCUCCCACAGCUCCUCCCGAAGAAGUUCUCCUACAGCCAGAUACGAAGCAUGACGAAGAACUUUAGUACCAAGCUCGGGAAUGGGGGAUUCGGCCAGGUGUACGAAGGAUUUCUCAAGGACGGGAGCAGAGUGGCUGUCAAGGUUCUCAAGGAAUGGUCCACUCAGGGAGAGAAGGAAUUCAAAGCGGAGGUGAUUUCCAUGGCGGGGAUCCAUCACAAGAAUGUCAUUCCCUUCAAAGGCUACUGCACUUCUCGCAGGAUCCUCGUCUACGAAUUCAUGGUGAAUGGCUCGCUCGACAAAUGGUUGUUUGCGGAGCCAGGAAAGGAGCGACUGCUGGACUGGCCAAAGCGGUACGAGAUUGCGGUGGGAAUGGCCCGAGGCUUAACUUAUCUGCACGAAGAAUGCACACAGCAGAUAAUUCAUUUGGACAUCAAGCCCGAGAACAUACUUUUAGACGAGAACUUUUCUCCAAAGGUCACCGAUUUCGGACUGUCAAAGCUGGUGGAUCGAGACAAGGCCAGGGUCGUGACCAACAUGCGUGGAACUCCGGGCUACCUCGCUCCCGAAUGGCUUAACUCCAACGCUCCAGUCUCCACCAAAGUCGAUGUAUACAGCUUUGGCAUCGUUCUCCUGGAGCUAAUCUGCGGAAGAGAGUCAUUCCAAAUCUCUAGCAGCAAGAGCUCUGAAGAAUGGUACUUACCGCCAUGGGCGAGCAAACUUGUAGCCGAGGGACGGGGACUGGAGCUCGUCGACACACACCUCAACGAGGAGGUGGAGUACUUUUACCAGGAUCAAGCCAACCGGGCAAUCCAGACGGCUCUGUGUUGCAUCCAGCAGGAUCCAUCCAACAGACCAUCGAUGAGCCGAGUCCUCCAGAUGCUGGAAGGCGUGAUCGAUGUUCCAAGGAUCCCUACAAAGCAAAAAACCCAUCAGACCGCGGAUGAGAGAGUCCGAGAAGAGCUCAAAGCCUUUACAGCGUGUAUCAAGAAGGAAACGACCUUGCGAGCAGCGUUUGAUGCCAGCGAUCGCAGCACAGGGACCUCCAGCACGGAUUUCAACCUCUCCGACCCGGAUAUCGCGAGCAGGACGCCGCUGCGAUGGCCGCUACGCGGCGACAUUGUGAACAUCCAGGUGAGCGAUGUGGCCGGCGAUUUCGUCCACGCCGUGGUGCGCGACGUGAAACCCCAACAGCACCAGGUGAAGCUGGGGAUCCUGUACAAGAUCGACACCGCCAAUCGCUGGGGCGUGAUCGAGGAGGAGGCGCGGUGGAGGAACUGGAGCGUGCUGGUGUCGACGCUGCGGCACUGGACGGCCGUGAAGUGGGUCACUGUGCCGGGGCCAGUGGGAGGGUACCAGAGAUUGCCGGUGGAGUGGAUCGCCGCCAAGCCACAGCUUCCCUAGGAACGUAAGAACCCUAUUCUCAACGGUCCGAAUUUUUCUAAGGGAAUGUAGCUCAGAUGGUAGAGCGCUCGCUUAGCAUGCGAGAGGUACUGGGAUCGAUACCCGGCAUCUCCAAGCAAGAACACGUUACGUCAGAAUUUAAUUGAAAUCGCGCCAGCCAUAUACGUUGGAAGAACAUGGGAGAAAUGCUGGCAAACAACUAA